AUGCGACCUGAUCCUGAUCGAAUUAAAGCCAUUACUGAGUUACAGGAACCUCGGAAUAAGCAUGAAUUACAGCGUGUUUUGGGAAUGUGUAAUUAUUUGAGGAAAUUUGUACCACAUUUUUCAGAGAAAACAGCCAUAUUAAGAGAACUUUUGAAAAACAAAGUGGAAUGGCAGUGGUUACAGCUACAUUCUAAAGCGUUCAGGGAAUUAAAAAAAUUAAUUUCCAAUGCACCUGUGUUAGGAAUAUUUGAUAGCAGUAAACCUAUAACUAUACAGGCAGAUAGUUCUAAAGAUGGGUUUUCAACCAAUUGCUUUUUCGUCUCGGAGUUUAAAUAA